CUUGGCAACCGGCCUUAGCAACCGGCCCAGAAACCACCCCUGGAAACUGUCCAUAGCAACUGCCCCGGCAACUAUCCCAGCAACUGUCCCUAGCAACCACCCUGGCAACCAUCCCAGCAACUGUCCCUAGCAACCACCCUGGCAACCAUCCCAGCAACCAUCCCAGCAACUGUCCCUAGCAACCACCCCAGCAACCAUCCCAGCAACCAUCCCUGGAAACCAUCUCUAGCAACUGCCCCUGGCAACCACCCCUGGCAACCACCCCUGUGGGUGCCAACCCCCUGUGCAGAAGAUAUUACAGACAACUGGAGAACACUGCUGGAUGAGUGGCAGAAGCCAGAGACACUUAUACACAGAAAUUCUUCUGGCAUUAUAAUCCUAAGAGAAAAUUACUCUUAAAUGGAGCUUCCCCUGCCCCUGGUGAGCAACUAAGGGAUAAUUCCAGAGCUCAGGAAAGCAGUAAAUUCUGCCCUUUCACCUUAUUACCUCCCAAACUCUGAAUUUUUAGGAUGAAAAAAAAAACCUCACUGAAGAGGAAGAAAUAAUUAUUGAAAAUGUCAGGAAGGAUCUUAUCAGGAUGGAUUAACAGACAGAUUAAAUUCUUCCAAGUAUUACCAGUACACUGAAUAUGCUGGUGCUGCUGUCCACACACCUCACAGGCUCCGGUCCUCAGAGAUGGAGUUUGCAGCCAAAGGGGAAAAGACACUCCUUAUUGCCUAUUUUAUUCUUUUUCUUCUCUCCCCAACAGAAACAGCACUACUCACUCCAAGUAGAAUUAGGCAGGUGAAAUGUGCAGUUUUCAGGCAGCUCCUUCCCCUUCUCUCCCUCUCUAUUUCACCCCAAGGCCACCAAACCCUCCAGGCCAGGUCAGGAGUGCCCCAGCCUGGGAGCCACAAGCAGGUGGUGCCAUCAGCCCACUGUGGCUCCCCACCUUCCAGCAGCAUCACCCUGACCCACUCCUUGCACCUGACUGGGAAAUGACAAAAAAAAAAUGAAGUGAUUUAUUAAAAAAAAAAAGGGAAGGUUUUCCCAAAGCCUACCGGGUGCAAACAGGUUUCAAAGCUAAAAUGGAUUCAACAAGUGGACAUGGCAAUUUUAUCAGCACUCUAAGUAGGGACAAUGCUCAGGCAAGAAGUCUUUCUCCAAAUCCAAACAAUCCUUGGCUUUUCUUAGUCCUUUCUGCAUCUCUUUGUGUUAUUUCCCACUUGUCUUUGCAGUGAAAGCUCUUUAUUACCACUCACUGUACGUGUGAUCCUUGUGCUCCAAGGUCUUGUCAUCCUUAGGCUGCACAUUCGUAUUCAGCCAGGCAAAAAAUUACAACUGUUCUUAUUUCUCAUCCCUUUCUGGAAACACAGCAUUCCUCAUUCCCUCUCCAUAAACCACAUUUUGCCUUCUCGAUGCCAGUAACAUCUCACUCUUAUUCUGGUUUUUAUCAGAGGCUUUUCAAAGGAUUAAAGCUGCCUCUCCCUGUUCACUGAUUCUGGCUGAAACCUGCUGUGUAACCUUCUAGCCAAGGCUCCUUUCCAAACUGAAAUGAGAGUGAUAAGACCAAAGAUGAGCUCCUUAAUUACUGACAUUCACUGCUGGCAUCUCAGCUCUGUCUGCCAGGGUUGGAGGAGGAUGAAGAUGGUAUUUAGAGAGCCAGAAAUUCAGGAAUCAGUAACUCUCAAGCCUACAGCUGAGUGUAACGUGCUGAUGCCUGGCUGAAACUCUUGGCAGUUCACUUGGGCGAUGCUGAAAUGCUCCAGAGCUCUGCUAGGAAAUAAACAGAGGCAGACAGGUACAGGCUCUAUAAAUGGAUCCCACCUGCAGAGCCCAUGGGCCUCCUGACAGAUGCACAUCCCACAGGCUGCUGCCAUUUGCUCUAUUCUACAGCCUCAGGGAGAGUUAAUGUUUGAAGAUUAAGUAGGCUUUUCAGGCAGGCUUUUAACACCAUGACACAGUCCUUCCUGACAGCACUUCUUUGCACAUUUUGAAUUUCUGGUUUAUUUUGUCUGUUUUUAAUCUGAUCUCCUGCUUCAGACUCAUUCUCAGAGUGCAAACAGUGCUCUCAUGCAGAAUGUCUCCUUCCUUGAGAUUAUUUUGAUAAAUGUUUGUACUCAGAUUCCUACCAAUUUGAAUUCCUCCAGGGAAAAUUCUCCUCAGGAAAUCUAUUGAUGUUCAAAGGGUUGAGUCUGGAGGAUCUGAAGAUCCAAGUCUCAACACUUUAUCCUUCCAAGAAGAAGAAGAAACCAAGUCUUGUAUGAUUUUCUAAUGGCAAGUCUCACCACACCCGCUGGGUUGGAGUUUUGUUGUUUUUUGCUUUUUCCUUAGAAGGAACUGGUAGCACAGGCUAAAUCUUGUCUUUCUCAUCUCAGUUUAGUUUGCUUGCCUUCCACAGAAAUUACUGGAUUUUUACAAGGAACUUAGAAAUGAAAAUUAAUUUGAACACAGCAGUAAUGAACGCUGCAAUUAAAUGAUUAUGAAUUUAUUAUAAUGUGUCCAGAUUCUGCCACUUGGGAUAAGAUACUGAAACCCAAAUGGGCUCCAUCCUACCUCUAUGGUGGCAAACCCAGGCAAAACCCCAUAACUUUUAGUCUUAGGUAGUUCUGUUUGAUUCACCAUUAGGGCAUUUGCCACAAGUUAGUCGCCACCCCAGCUCUCACUCAAGUGAAAACAAACCAGAGGGAGCAGCUCUGUCCCCAGGGCUCUCCUGGAAGCAGUAGAGGGUGGAGAAGCCACCCUGUGUGACAUUUUGGAGAAGUGCAGAAAAGCUUUUGACAGCUGAGAACACAGGAUGGUUUUUUGCCAUUUGAUGAGUUACUUCUGACUGUCACUAGGUUCAACCCCACGAGGCUGAGCCCCAUUUCACACGCUGCUCAGCUCAUCUGAAGCUGUUAUGUCGUGCACCUGGAACAGUCUGGGGUGAUUUUUUAAAGCCUGGCACGGAGACCAAGGGAGUUGGCAGGGACCACGUGCAGCUGUGCACACCAGGACAAGGAUUUUGGAAAACCUGCUCUGUGCCACCCAGAGAUCCCCAUCUGCAGUGUCUCCAGUGGAUAACACAGAUGAUAUACCUGCCUGAUUUGCAAGAAGCAAUGAGAGGCAAUAACAGACCAUCACUGGGAUGCUUCUGACCCCUUGCACACACAGGCACCCCCAUGUCCUCCAGCUGCACCAUCCUCCCUACAAUCCCUCUCUGCCAGCAAUAGCUGUGAUGCCACUGUGGUGCCAGGUGAAGGUAUUUGGCAGCAGACAGACAUGAGUCAUCUCACCUACUGAAACCUUCCCAUCAUCGAGUCAUGCAAGCCCUCAGACAGAACGGGCAGCAUCCCAUCAAUUCUGGACAUGGAAUGAAGAAAGCUGGCAGUGCACGCAGCACCCCAGGGAGCACCUUUUUCCAGAGCACAUGGAUGGAGCAGAGCUCUCCAGCUGCUUUUGUGGGCUUGGUGUGAAGCUGGGAUAUUUGUGAGGGUCUGAAGCGUGAACUGCCCCCCUAAUGCAGGUGUGAGUAACAAAGGAGGAGGAGGAAAAGGAUGAUAAUCAAAGAAAAAUAAAAUAGCAAAAAGAUCAACCCUCCUGUUCAGGCAGUGUGAGAAAGUACUAAUGGUUAACUCACUCUCACUGUGGAGUAGAAGGAAAAAAUGCAGUUGCAGAGGAAAAGCAAAGUUUCCCUAGCAAAGUGAAUUUGUCAUUCACUCUGCCAGAUUAUUGCUGUUAUUUGCUCUUGGCUCUUUGAGGGAUAGAGAGAAAGCGUGCAGAUGACCCUGGACUGCGGGCAGGGCCCCCUCCCCACGCACACACACGCACAAAAAGAGGAUGCAAACACAGCCUUUGAAAUUCAGGAGGAUAAUUGAUUCUCUGACGCGUGGAAGCCCACAGGACUCCUGAGGGAGCUCAGGUAUAAAAGGCAGAGAUGCACCUCCCUGGCAGCCAGAGGACACUGGAGGAGGGCUGGGGCUGUCCUCCCUGCUCUGCACCAGCACCGCUCCUGCCCGGACCCCGUGGGCUCCCAGAGGCAGCUCCAGGACUGGAGAAGUUGGAUUUGCAACAGGGGAAGGAGCACCUGGGCAGGAGCUGAUCUAGGAAGCGCUCGUUUUCUCCUGGAACGGUGACUCCAAGGGGUGGAAGAUGCUGGAUAAGGCCACUCUGCUCCUGUUCCUGCAUUUAGUCACAUGCUCCAUCUCCUCUCCUCUCUACCCAGCUCUCAGGUACAGUCCAGGGCCGGCUGCUGGCAAGGCCAUGAGCUUCCAGCUGCAGCACAGCAGCUCACUGCAGAGCCAUAACCCCUUGGCAGAGGAGCAGGAGGAGGAGGGUUUGUUAACAGACCCCACAGAGAAAAGGGAUGCUAGAGCCUCUUCUUUCCACCUCUGCCUGGAGAUAGAGGAUGAUUAUUUCUGUCUGAAGCACAGAGGACCUAUUCUUACAACAGUGGGACCAGAUGAGUGGAUGCAGCGCCAUGCUGAUGCCAUAUUCACUGACAACUACCGGAAAUUCCUGGGGCAGAUUUCUGCCCGAAAAUUCCUACAGACCAUCAUUGGCAAGAGGCUCGGAAGCAGCGAGAGCAGCCCAGGGGAAGGGGUGCAGGAAUUCCUGAGCAGGCGCCAGUCCGACAGCAUCCUGAUGGACAGCCAAUACCACCAGCAGAUGGUACUGAGGGACUUCCUGGGAGCCGUCCUGCAGAACCAAAGGCCUCAGGACAUCGACAGCAGUCAGCUGGAAGGCUUUCCCAGCACCCUGGCUAAGCUCAUGUAAAUACUUCUCCCUUUUCCAUCUCCACAUGCUCUGAAUAAUUCAGAGCUCAUGGACCAAACUGUACAGUGAGCCCCUCACAGCAGAGAAGACACGCCAGAUGUGAGCAGCUGGAAACUGAUGCAUACACUCCUCAGAUGUGAUCAAAGGAAUGCAGUGCUGAAGCACUACUUAAUUUACUCCAGUCUUUACAAUUUAACUCCCCUCUUGAAAUACUGCUCUGUACUAAAGCAGAAAAAAACCCCACCUCUGUGGUUUAACCUCAGGCUGCUUUACACAGGGACUAAAACAAAUGAUAUACUUGUAAUCCUGGGGACAUUCUGGCUACUAAUUAAGGUUUCAAAUCACAGAGUGUAGCAAAAUUUCUGCCAAGUCAUCUUUCUGUUUGAGGGCCUGAUUAAUAAAUAUGAGGCCACCAAAAGGCACCUUUAGGCAACUUAGUAAAUUGAUUACAGCAUCCUCAAAAUGGGUGCUGAUGGCACAGCCACACACAGCAAGGAUCAGGGUGAGGUGAGACGUGAGCCCACACAUCUCCCAUUCAUUGGAAACUGCUCUGGGCUGCUGCUGCCUGGCUCCCUGACACAGAGCCCCAGCAGCAGAAUGAACUCUGAAAUGCUCAGCUACAGCUCCUGCUGAGCCUUGAGGAGCUCAAGCUGAAGUUAGAGCUCUGCCAGAGCUGAAGGAGAUCCCUGUGCAUCAGCUUGGGCUGUCGCUGUUUCAACUCAAGGUCUUGUUGAGUGCCAUCCCCUGGCUCUGAACUCCACUGUGGCUACAGUUACAACUGUAAAUGUUUUAAAAGGAGUAAGUUAUUAGACCACUGAUCUCAUACAGCAACUUCCUCCCUCUCACCCCAAUCCCCCUGUUGUUUGUGUAAUAAUUAUGUGUUCAGAAAUGUAAAUAACACCAGGAUGGGGUCUGCUUUCCCAUAAGCAGCAGGAAAUAAGAGUUAUUCUAAAUAAACCUGUCCAACAGCAGGUCAA